CGACUCACGAGUCAGUUUCGACCCAGUCCUCAAUCCUGAGUAACUGCUAUAGACAGCCACGGCCUGCAGGCUUCCUACCUAUCUUCGGCGUAUAUAGGAGUCCAGACGUCGUGGAUCGUGUUCCGUAGCACUCGCCGCCUCGCCCCCUCGCACGCUCGAGAAUGACUACAUAAGGAAGCAGCCGUCAAACAGUCCCGUCCAGCUGCCAGCAUCCAGUUGCCUCGAUGUCUUCUUCCGCCUCUCCUCGCCCGAGGCCUACCACAAGCUGCCUAGUCUGCCGGAAGCGAAAGGUGAAGUGCGAUCGCGUCCAUCCUACCUGCGGAAAAUGUCUGCAGAACGGCCUGCGCUGCAAAUAUGCGGCCCCGGGCACCAAGAUCCGCUUCGUCGACGGCGAUCCGAGCAGGCUCGCUCACCGUCCGCUGUCGAACGGCCUCGAAGAUGAGCGCGAAGAGUUACAGCUUUUUCCUCCUUCACCUCUUCCUCCCCCUCCUCCGCCUCCACCUCCGCCUCAACGCUCGGGGCCGGACCCGCAAUCUCUCGACGCUACGCAACGGACAGAUGCCAUCUUCAGCGGUGGCCGCUACCUCGGCGGUGUCUUUUGGGGGCUUGCGAAUGAUGGCAAUCCCGAUGAUGUGCAGCGUCUGAUAUACGCCACUUGUGACCCAUCCUCCAGCUACCUCGCCAUUGACCUUGUCUUUUCCUCGUUACCGCCGCGUCACGAAUGCGACGCGUAUUUUGACGCCUUUCUCACCAGCAUCAAUCCAAUCUUUCCGCUUGUCGACAGCACAUGGGUAACGCACUGCUACGCUUCGUUGUGGACGUGCACUACUGCCAUCGAGUCUUCCGAGCUACUCCUCAUCGUCGCAGUUCUCCACGCUGGCCACAUAUGCACCACACCGGUUUCCACUAGCCCUCUAGAUAACCUGUUCAAAGGUCUUCUGUCGGGCAGCACGUUUGAAAGUGCGCCAAAUCUACAGCUGCUACAGGCAUUCACGCUCUACCACUCCUCGAACGUAUGCGAAGCACUGCCUCUGAGUUCCUACACCUUCCUUCCGGUUGCUGUAAGGACGGCCCAGCAGCUGGGUUUACACACCGCCACCGCCUGCGACCUUCGCCGGCGUCUGUGGUACCACCUCUUGUACCUCGACGUCGAAGCCUCCAUUGCCAAUGGCCUUCCCCGGAUAGUGCACGAGGGGGACUACGACUGUCCGCCGCCGGUCCUCCCCGACCUCCAACCCGCCAUGGCCCUCGCGCUCCAAGCACGCUGGGAGUGGACCACCAACAUGCAGCGCUGGCUCCGGCAAUCGAACUACGACGCCGAGCUCGAAGCCUUCACCCUCCACUGCCGCGACCUUUCCCAGAAAGCGGCGGCGAUCACCGGCGAUACUUGGGCGCGCGACUUCAUCCUUCUACACCCACCGCGCGCGCGCUGCGUCCUCUCCCACCGCCAGCUGCGAAAAGGCCCCUGGCGGCCGAUGGCAAGCCACGAAUCGCCCGUGCACGCAGCCUCGCGCGAGUUCCUGCGCACAUACAUCUCCCUCGCUACGGUCGAUGGCUCGCCCUACCAAUGGUACCUUCCGGGACUAGUGCAUCCACUACACGCCGUCAUCAUCCUUCUCCUACGUAUGGAGCAAGCGUCUCACAUACUGCUUCCGGAGUGUCCGGACAAGGCCCUACUAGAGGAAGCGUUUGCGCUAGUCGGCAACCGUGUGCUGCGCGGGCGGCUGACGCCGCAGACGGCGGGGCGCCCAAACACCGACGGAACCGUCUGGAUCUACUGUCUACUCGGGAAACUGAAGCGGCGCGUGUGGAAGAAAUGUGGGUGGAAAGGUGGCUGCGAGAAUAGUAGGUUCUGUCUGCUGGGGAUGGACGAGGACGAGAAUUUUAUGGGGCAUGCAGAGGAUAAGAUGAAAACGACAGAGGUCGUCGGUGAUAGUGCUGAUGGAUUAGAGUUUAGCUGGGAGGAGUGGGAUCAGAUGGUUGAGAAGUUUUUUGUUUGAUUGUGGUGGCUUUACGGACAAGAGUAUCGAUGAUAUACCAAUGUAUCCAGCGAAGAUUUUUUGCGAAGUUGUUUCAGCUCUCCUUGAGUUCUCAUUCGCACUCACACACACCUUGUGGAAAAAUGAAUGUAGUCACAAGGAUACCAUUCACGAGUUCAUU